AUGCAGCUGAACGUUCUUAUCCUCUCUUGCGUUGGCUCUUUGGUAGCUGCACAAGCAGUGACUGAUCCUGGCGUUGGUCAGGCUUCCCAAGCUGCCGCGAUCGUCAGCAGCUACCAGAGCAAGCUCAGCAGCCUGAAUUCCUACAUUGCUUCCCAGCAGGCAGAGGUGACCGCCACCGGCACCGCACAAAACGCUGCCUAUGCCAGCAUCCAGUCCGAGGCCGCAUCCCUACAAUCGAGUGUCGUCAGUGAAUACACCGCUGCGUACGGAUCUUAUUUCUCCACUGCAAGCACGGUUUCGUCAACGGGAACUGCAUCGUCGGAGACGUCAACGGGAACUGCAUCAUCGGAGACAUCAUCGGACACGACCACCGCCACCAGCACAGGCACCGCAACAACCACAGGAACCUCUACCGGCUCCAGUACCACCGAGACUUCUACUGGCACCACAACCUCGACCAGGACCAGCACUGGCGCAGGCUCCUCAAGCGCUAGCAGCAGCUCUUCCUCUGCCGCUGGAGCUUUGCCAACGCUGAUGGCCGGCAUUCAAGCACUUGUCGGUGGUGCUGCUGUCCUCGCUGUCGCCCUAUAA